GUCUUGACCCACCCUCAGUACGACUGUAUUAUAAUGGUCUUGACUACCCUCAUAACGACUGUAUCACAAUAACUUUGAUCUACCCUCAGGACGACUGUUUUAUAAUGGCCCUUGAUAAAAAAAAAUGGACAAACGUAUUACAAUGAUAUUGAGUAAUCCUCAGUGCGACUAUAGUAAAAUGACCCUUACAAUGACCUUGACCACUCCCAGAACGGCUGUAUAACACUGAUUUGCCUACCCUUAGUACGACUACAUUACAGUUGCCUUGACCUACCCUCACGACCUUGAGCACCUUCUGAACCACUGUAUUACAACGACCUUAACACAUCUACGGGCGGCUGUAUUACAAUGUCCUCGAUCCACUUAAUGUACGACGUUGUCAAAAUGACCUUUGCCCACCCAAGGCAUGAUCUAUAACAAUUGCAUUGAACAGGCUUUGCGUACGACUGUUUCAAUCUCGUACAAUCUUAGGUACACAUUGGGUGUGGGAGAUAGCUAACAUGCUGAUCACAGGCGAGCUCAAAUUCUUGACUCAGGUUAAGGAGGACGCCAUGAUGGAGAUCCAUUACCCUGAGGAAUUCGACAAUAUGCCAUCACCUAGGAUACUAAACACCCACAUGCCUUUCCGCGUGCUGCCCUCUGAUGUCACCAAGAAACGUCUGAAGAUUAUUUUUGUUCAGAGAAACCCUAAAGAUGUGGCCGUAUCUCUGUUUCACCAUAUGAAUAAGUUGAUGCCAGAUAAUCUUCAACCAACAUUCAAAGACUUUAUCAGCCUCACAAUACAAAAUCCUGACUGGUUUCAAUAUACCCUACAAUGGGAGAAGGUGAUUGCAGAAACCCCCGACGUACCAAUGCAUGUGGUCUACUACGAAUCUCUCAAAAAGAACCCAAAGGAGGAGAUAGCUCGUCUGGCAAAGUUUGUGGGGCACGACAGAGGCGAGACAUAUAUAGCCCAAGUGGCCGAAAUGUGCAAAUUUUCUAACAUGAAAAAGGCAAACGCUAGCGUGAAAGAUCACUCUGAGUACUCGAAGAUGUUUGGUGAACUGAUGAAGGGAAUGUACAGGAAAGGUGAAAUUGGUGAUUGGAAAAACUUGUUUACUGUCGCCCUAAAUGAAGAAUUUGAUAUUUUGUUCAAGGAACAGAUGAAGGAUUCUGAAUUCAAAUUUACAUUUACAUAAUCAAGAUGUCAAAAUGACAACACAAGACAAGCACGUCCGUACUUUGUCUGAUAAUGUAGGUCGUGUGAUCUGGUCAUUUUAUACCUGUUUCGGUAACAUUAUAUUGUGUUAAGAGGAAACCAUGAUGGUGACGCAGGCGUGUGUAAUGAUUCGCCGUGGUGUUACUAUGUUUCCGUGAAUUAGUCUUAAAAUGUUGUCUUUUAGUUUUUACUUUAAACUUAAUUUCGUUUGUAUGUACUCUGUGUAAUUCCCGCUUCCCAUAAAGAAACAAUAAGUAGAACGAAGUAUAGACAUACCUUUAAGGAAAAAUUCCGUUGAAGUAUAAAUACACACAAAAUAGUAAUAAUUAAAUAUAUAUUAAUAAUAUAUUUAAUCACAGAUAUUAUUUAUGUCAGAAUGUUAUAACUUUCAAAAACAGAACAAAUUUUGUAUGUGAAAAAGUGCACAAAUACAUGUAUAUAAAAGACAUCAAGAAAGU